AUGACUCGAUUGCAAGAAACACGAAGUUCACCCUGUGAGAAUAUCUUUAAAGAUAUUUCAAAGACUCAAAGAAGCAAGUUGUCAAAAAUUUAUCCAAAAAGUACUGGGAAUUUAGAAACACCACAAGACUCGCAUUCUCGAGAGUAUCAUCGAUCUCUCGAUAAUGAAUACGUGGAAGAUCUUAACGAAGCAUCUAAUCUGAUCAAUCAGGAUUCUGAAAUACCAAAAGAACGAUGGAUCGCUUUGGCUUUAUUUGGUAUACUAAGUUGCAGUCAGUGUUGCAUAUGGAAUACAUGGGGUCCUAUAACAAUAUCCACGAUGAUAGCGUUUACAACUUGGCAAAAAUAUCACGUAGCUCUUUUAUCCGAUUGGGGCUGUUUGGUAGCACCUAUAAGAAUGGCAGCGAUCCUUUCAGCGUUAGCAGCCUUUGUCAGAUGUUUCUCUUGCGACGAAACGAUCUUCACUAUAACGGCACAUACCGCGGCCAUCUUAAAUGGUCUGUCCGGGGUAAUCAUUGGUCCAGCUACAGCCCUGGUGUCUGCUGUUUGGUUCCCACGUGGAGAACGCACCACCGCAACCGGUAUAUCUUCCGCUUGUAAUCAAUUUGGCAUGGCCGUAUCUUAUUUGAUAGGGCCAGCUGUUGUGGAUACAAAAAUUCCGACUAAUAAUACAAUAUUAAAUAAGAAAACAUAUAGAAACUUGAGAAUGUACUCUCGUAAGGAACGUUAUUAUUUUCGUUCACCGAGACGAACAACGUUCGAUACAAGAUCAUCUUCGAAUAAUAAUCAUAUACAAACGAUUCUUCGUGUACAAAUUAUGUCGUUAAUGAGAAUCGAAUUUGUAAUUCAAUCUCUCGUCGUAGUCGGAAUCCUAUCAUUUUUUCCAAACCAUCCUAACUCUUUUGUUGAUUCCGUAGAUAUGUCUUCUCGUUUAAGUCUGAUAGAUUCGAUCUUACUUCUUCUCAAAAAGAAGAAUAUGUGGCAAUUAUGUUUAGCAGCUGCGUUUAGUCAAGGUGUGACCGGACCGUGGCUCAGUAUGAUCACUAUAACAUUCGAUUCAAUGGUUACACAAGAGGAAGCAGAUAAACUUGCUUUUUGGACUAUCAUUUCUGGCAGCGUUAUUAGCUUGGUGGCUUCUCGAGUGGCCGAUAUUUUUCAAGGUCAUCUCAGGAUCGGUCUUUAUAUAUUGCUAAUGAUAUCCGUUAUAAUGUUUCUCUGGAUUUUAUUGCUUGAAAAUCGAAUCUUAAUAUUUCGUAAGGAAGAACUUUACGCUGCUGUAAUACUCGGGAUGUCGGCCAGUUGGUCCACCCCCGCCUUGUUUCUUGAACUUGCUUCUGAAAUUGCAUUUCCUGUUUCGGAAGCCAUCGUAGGCGGAUAUAUGAUAUUCUUGGCAAAUUUGAUAGGAACUGUAUUUUAUUUUUCUUAUUUUAUACCUGGAAUCGGUGAUCGAUGUUCAACAUAUUGUGUUUUUGGAAGUUUAUUAACCGCAACAAUUCUCGUAAUUUAUGUAAAAGAAGAAUAUAAUCGUACGAAAUCAGAGUAA